CAGUCUCAGCGCUUUACUCAACGCCCUUCGGGACAGAACUGGACCAGAGCCACUCACAAUAUGGCGGCGACAUCGUCAACGUAUAACCCGGACCAUCUCGGAUUGCGUUUAUUCUUUGUAAGUACGAUGACUACGUUAGCUUGACUGGCUAUAUUCCGACGAAAGACACUUGUUUGUGUGAAAUAUGUGUGAUAAAAAUGUCCUUACUAAGUCUCCGAGACUGAUUGACCAUCUCGGUGAGGAUAUCGCUUUUACGUGUUUGCUGUGAACCACUGUGAUUAUUUCUAGCCGACAUUUGCAGCUCAUUAUGCAAUAAGAGAAGGAAGCUGUGGUCACCAUGGAGCUAAAGUAGCAGACAGAUGAGACCUGAUCAUCGUUUGUGGACACCUCCUCAAAUCUUCUUGUCCAGCUGAGGACAGAGAAACUGGAGAUAGUUUCAGAGUGGACCCAGAACUACUGACCAAGCAAAAACAAUUUGAAGAUCCAUGUUAUAUGACUGAGAAAGGAGAAUAUCAAGUGGAGCGAGAAUGUCUGCGAUGAUGAAGGUUGAAGCAGAUGAACCUGGAGGGUUCAGUUUGGAGCCUCCUAUAGCUGCAACAUCCACAUCAGAUCUGGAGGAGACACAGGACAACAAAGAUCUCGUGUUGCCACUCCAUCAGAUGUUGGUGAUUAAAGAGGUUCCUCAUGACUGGACCCCCAGUUUGGGCCAACAGGACCCUGACAACCCCCACAUAAAGGAGGAGGAGGAGGAGUUGUGGAUCAGUCAGGAGGAAGAGCAACUUACUGUGAAGAUAGAAGAUGAAGAGAAACCUCAAUUAUCAGUAAUCUAUCGCAGUAAAACUGAAGACAAGAUGGAGGCGGCAGCUUUAACCACUUGGUCAGUUGAACAGAUGGAAAUAGAAUCUAAUGGAGAAGAAUGUGGAGGACCAGAACCAGGCUGGAACCAAGUUCCAGUAGACUCUUUUCGAGAAAAUAAGAUAAAAGUGAAAUUAGGUACAAGAGGCAAAAGAGCUAAGAGUUCCAAACGUACGGCUCAGGCUGGAGUCCAUGUAAGAGAGGAGCUGUUUGGUUGCAGUGUUUGUGGCAAAGGUUUCAAACAUAAGACUUCUGUCAAAAUCCACAUGAUGAUUCACACUGGAAAGAGAACGCAUUACUGUGGUCUUUGUGGGAAAGGGUUUAUUGGAAAGUGCCGUCUUCAGACACAUAUGCGACUCCACACUGGAGAGAAACCAUUUGUAUGUGACUAUUGUGGUAAAGCGUUUCACGCAAAGAACUUUCUGAAGACUCAUGCGAUAAUCCACUCAGAAGAAAAACCUUUUUCUUGUGAGGUUUGCGGUAGAAGAUUUCAUAGAAAGGACAGUAUUAAACAGCACAUGCGGAUCCACACGGCAGAAAAACCGUUCGUUUGUAGUGUUUGCAACAGAAGAUUUGCACAAGAUGUUGUUCUAAAGAGACACAUGCAUGUUCACACAGGACAUAAACAGUUCACCUGUAGUGUUUGCAGUAAGGGCUUUUCCCAACAAAAUGUUCUCCAGAGCCACCUGCGCAUUCACACGGGAGAGAAACCGUUUAUUUGUAGCGUAUGCAGUAAAGGAUUUUCCUUACAAAAUGUACUAAAGAGACACAUGCGUAUCCACACUGGUGAAAAACCAUUUAUUUGUAGCGUUUGUAGUAAAGGGUUUUCACGGCAAGAGAAUCUGAGGAAUCACAUGCGUGUUCACACCGGAGACAGGCCGUUUGUUUGCACUGUCUGUUCUAAAAGAUUUUCACGACAGGGAUAUUUGAAGAAACACAUGGAGGUUCACACUUCACCAUUUAGCUGUAACGAGUGUAGCGAGCGCUUUGUGAAGGAGGUCCAGUUGGAGCGACACAUGAGGCUUCACACAGAGGAGAGGCCGUUUAGUUGUGACGUCUGUAAAAACAGAUUUUUUAGGAUGUGUCAUCUUAAAAACCACUUGAGGGUCCAUUCAGGAGAAAAACCGUAUGUUUGCGGCGUUUGUUGUAAAGCGUUCUCACAACAGAUUAUUCUAACAAGGCACAUGUAUGUCCACACAAGAGAGAAACCGUUUGUUUGCAGUGUUUGCAGUAAAUCGUUUUCACGACGUGGAGACCUGAAGAGCCACAUGCAUGUUCAUGAAGAGUGCAACUAAUAGUGUUUUUGAAAAACAAAUUUUUCACAUUUUACAUUCAUUUUACUGUAUUUCCUCUGUAACAGGUUUACAUUCCGUCCUUACCCAGAACUUUGUUUUUCUUCAGCGAGUACAGAGUCUUUAAACAAAGUUUGAUGUUGUCAACCACUCACCACAUCCAGGAUAAUUAAAAAAAGGUUAACUACAGUGAAUUUCUUUAAUAGCUAAACAAACUUAGAUUGGGUUCUGUCACAUCAACAGGCAGCUCUUAGAUUUCCAUGGGUUAACCACCUGAUUACUGUAGAGCCGGUGCACACCUGUAAGAAAACAAUUAGCUGUAGUUAUUGUUUCAUUUCUGAAAAAGAUGCAUUGAAACCAGAGGUUUUAGUUCCAAUGUCUUGUGGUAAAUAUGAGUAGAAGAGCCAUCCUGUUACUCAAAUGUUAAUGCACACAUGAGAAAUACCUUUGCUUUGUGAUUCUAGUGUAAACCACAAUCCAUCAUUUAAACAACUGUCUCCCCCAUCAUGGCUAUGGACCACACUCAGUUGCAGGUUUUAGAUAUCGUCUUGCUUUAACGCAACUGGUUUAAAUUUAAAUGACGUUUGAAGUGAUUAACUGAAUUCUUUAGACAUUUACCAGAAGUAUGGAUAGUUACUUGUGCUUAAUAUGAUUUAAGAGACGUGUGCCUUCUUUUACCUGCAUGUGUGUCUGACAAAGCUACCAUAAAGUGGUCAGUCAGCUCACAAGACAUUUAACAAAAAAGAAAUUUGGUUACUCUCUGGGUAGUUUGUAUCUUGAACGGACUACAAAGUCGAAAUAUCCGAGUAUCCUCUGAAUUAUUAAGUUGCCUUCUCCUUUCUUGUCAGAACACUUGGUUAUUUUUCCAUUUUGACAAUUGCGAAAUUGCAAAAAUACCUUUGUUACUAUAUUAAUAGUGAUCUGGGAGAUGGAAGAUGCACUAGCUUUAAAAACUUUAGCAAUUCAAACUCUCAAGUGUCUAUUCACUUGAGAGUUUGAUGUGUUAGAGCAGGACCACAUCUAAAGCAGGCAGAACUAUGUCUGCCAAGGAUCAUCAGGAGUGAGGUACUGGGUAAGCCAUCCAGCUUCCCUUAAACACUCUUUUGUUUGUGUUUGUUGAGCCCCACAGCACUAGAGACCUUUCCACACCAAUAGACCUUAAAUGGUCAUGAAUUAGCUGCUCUGUGGCAGGGAUGGGGGAACCUCUACAGCUGUAAAUUUAAAAAGUUGUUUUUUUUUAUUUUUGAAAGUUCUCUCUUUUGUAAUGCACUUUUAUAUUGGAAGUAAACCAUUUGAUGACAAUAAAAAUGUAAAUUCAAAAU